UGCUAUAGAAAGGAAAGCCGCGCUAAGUAUAGCUAGUUAUUAUUAUUUUAAUUCUACUUCAGAUCAGGCACUGAUCAUUUUGGAGCAGAAACAUUUGAAAAUGACCAAGUUGCAGCUCUUGCACCGUGCUCUAAACGAGCGGCUGAUGGCGGCGGUGGAGCAGAUCAUGGAGAUGGUGGGCGGCACGGUGCUGGAGUAUGAACAGGAGACGGUGAGAGCGCGCAGAGAGAACGAGAUCCUCAGACGGAGGCUCCGGUGGAUGGAGGGCGAAAAUCCGACCGACUGGCCAGACCCAUUCUACGAGUCCUCCAAAUCUGGCCCAGAAGAAAUCUCUCCAUGUGGACAAAAGGAGUGGGGCUUGAACCUGGAACAACAAGCAGAACCUCUAGAAGUGAACCAGAACCAAGUAUUAAGUGAAGGUUCAGUUGGGCAGAAGAUGCCACAAACACAAGACCUGGUACCAGUUUGCAAAAAAGAGCCGGAUCCUGAGGUUAAAACCUCAGGACCUCAGGACUUUUGCACAGAGAAUCCCCCUUCUGCAAACACAGAUGAGAACACCUUUCAAGAAGUGUUGUUGCCCGUUGUAAAACUGCAAAGGGUGAAGUUUGAACUAGAAGAGAAGCAAAUUCCAGUAUCAUUACCAGACACUGACCUUCCUACAGACUCAGGUCAUUCAUACAGCCCUGAAUCCUCUCAGAGAAUGGGCAGUCCCUGCAAAAGCAGCCAUAAUGCCUUGAUUCCAGAGGUAACAGAGAGAGGAGAGCUCCACAGCACAGCUCAGACGAAUCAGACAAGGAGCUUGGAGAAUGUGAGUAAAGAGGUGCACAAUGACGUGCUAUACAAAUGUUCACAUUGCCGAAAGAUAUUCACAGAACUGAAAAAGCUACAGAAGCACCAGGUAGUUCAUGGGAGAGGCUUAAGAUGCAACUGGUGUGGCAAGGGUUUCUACCAGACAUCUGACCUUCGGCGCCACUUGCGUACACACACUGGAGAGAGGCCCUACUUAUGCACCUGGUGCUCCAAGAGCUUUAGCAGGAGGAGCAACCUGCGGCGACACGUGCGUAGUCACACAGGAGAGAAGCCGUAUCGGUGCGCCCACUGUGAGCGCGGUUUCAGUGACAGCCGCUGUCUGAAGAAGCACCAACGCAAACAUGAUGAAUGGGCUAAAUGCAGAGAGUGCUUUCCAAUGAAGCUAGUUGUUGUUAUUAUUAUUUUUAAAAAUUCUACUUCAGAUCAGGCACUGAUCAUUUUGGAGCAGAAACAUUUGAAAAUGACCAAGUUGCAGCUCUUGCACCGUGCUCUAAACGAGCGGCUGAUGGCGGCGGUGGAGCAGAUCAUGGAGAUGGUGGGCGGCACGGUGCUGGAGUAUGAACAGGAGACGGUGAGAGCGCGCAGAGAGAACGAGAUCCUCAGACGGAGGCUCCGGUGGAUGGAGGGCGAAAAUCCGACCGACUGGCCAGAUCCCACUGCGUUCUCUGUCCCAGGGGAGGCCAGUCUGACAGACACACUAGCACUCGAGUCCCUAAUUAUCAAAACGGAGCCCAUUGACUCCUCUGAUUUCCAAUUAUGCGAACCUGAUACAAGUCUCACAGCAUCAGUAUGCACCGCCAAUAUGGAAAUGAUUUAUCCUGGUACCAGUGCUCCUGCUGAUGCUGGCAUUCCUGACGGUAUGUUAUGGGAUUCAGCACAAAGCUAUAUGGCUCCACUAGACUUUGACCCCACUCUGUCCACCAUGGCGAGGAACAGGAACCAGAGGAGGUCCUUUGCCUGCCCAGACUGUGGUAAAGUCUUUGGGAGGGAGCAGAGACUAAUGUUCCACAUGCGUAUCCACUCUGCCGAGAGGCCCUAUACAUACCGAAGGCGUAAAACAUGCUUUUAUGGGGACAAGAAACGGAAGAAGAAAUUACGUGGCCUUUCCAAGAUAUCAAGAGAGUUCAUAGAGGACCUGUCGGACACUUCAGAGCAGACAGAGCAGAGUACUGGAUCGGCGAAUGUCGGUAUCUCAACAAACGCUGGCCCCACUGCCCCAGAAGUAGAGCCAAGUGAGGCAUCCGAUGAAGCCAGUGAACACACCAGCUGCAGCAAGCUCUCUGAGACCAGUGCAGCCAGACCUGUCGGCCUUAAAGCUAAGCAGGGAAGAGAAAAGGCCAAGACAGCUCAGUGCCUGCAGUGUAACAAAGCCUUCACUAAUUUAUCGCGGCUGGCAGUUCACAUGAAGACCCACAGUAAGCCACUUCCCGGGCAAGAUGAACAGAAUGCACAGGGAGACACUGACAGAACUCUCAAUGGAUCACAACAUCUUCCAAAGGUAAUAAGGAAUAACGAAACUGAGGUGGAAAAGGCAAAAGCAAUAGGUCAGAGGCUGUUUCAAUGCCCCGAGUGCAAGAAGAUCUUUGCUCGCUCCUGUUGGCUCAACUUCCACUUAAAGUCACAUGAACGAGAACGUAAGCGGCAGAAAAAGACGCAGCUUCAAAAUAACAACCUGAAGGACGUCCCCCAGGUCUCAGAAGAGCCAAAGAAAGAAGUAUCGACUGAAAGUAGCAAAGUUCACGUGCUGAAGAAAAUCUUUGCUUGCCCGUACUGUGAUAAGGUUUUUGCUCGUGAAGGGUGGCUUGGACCACAUAUUCGGAGUCAUACAGUUAAGAAACAAAACAGUGAUAUUGUUUCUGACACAAUCUUGCCUGAUUCUACGAAGAGAAGGACUCGGCGUGUCAUUGCCCAGGCCUGCAACACAUUCCAAAAAAAGUUGGGACAAGGGCAAUUGAGCGCUAGUAAUGAGCCAUCAACUGAAGGUGGCAGCGAACAAAAGAAAAUCACUGAACAGGCAUUAGGAGAAACUGAAAAUUCAGAAACGGUCAAUGAACAACCAAAAACCGAGACUUCUGUGUCUCCAAACAUCCCUCUGGAGUUAACAAACCCUGAAACCGAAAUAAUAAUCAGUAAUAACCCUGAAGAGAUCAGAAAUGAAUCUGAAAGUAUCAGUAAUAAAACUGAAACAAUUGCAAACAAAAUCACAGAGGAAUUUGCCCCAGUCUCUGUGGACUCUUCAGGACAGAAAGGUGGUGUCAAAAAAGCAAAAAAGAGAUUUCCAUGUCGAGAGUGCGGCAAAGUUUAUUUGCUGGCUGGCUGGUUGAAGACGCACAGAAAGAUGCAUAAAAACGAGAGAAUUUUGGAGGAGAAAAGGAGACAGCUAAUGAUGAUGAAAGAGUUUGGACAGAAUGACAACAAAGAAGAGGGACAGAGCCUCAUGGAAACCAGUAUCAUCCAAAAUAAGCAAAAGAAGAAAAAGAAGUCUUUGGGGCUACAGGAAAGCCUCGAUAACAAAAAGAAGAAAAAGAACCAGCUCACAAAUGCAGUGCUGCUGAAGGCUAUGGAGAACUCUUCUGAUGUCCAGACAGCUGCAGACAAAAGCAAAGAAUCUGAUGGUUCAACUCGUGGCCAAUGUGUUUGUAAAGACUGCGGCAAAGUGUAUGCUAGAAAAAACUGGUUGAGCUUGCACAUGCUUGGCCACAGAAAAGCAUUGAUGGCCUUGCCCCAAAAAGCAAAUGACGAGGCACAGAAAAGUGAUGGGCAGACAACAAAAGAAGGUUCAUCCACUCAGGAUUCUAAAGGUCAGAAAGGAAAAGACGGUGGUAAAGCAUCGUUUCCGUGUCCCUUUUGCAAUAAAGUCUUUCCACGGGCAAUGAGGCUGAUGGUGCACAUGCAGAUACACUCAGGCGAGAAACCAUACUCCUAUCGACAACGUAAAGAACAGUUUUACGCUGACCCAACAAGACCCAGAGUGCCAGAUACAGAUAAACCGGAGCCUGCAGUAGAAGGCAAUGAUGAAAAGGGGAAGGAUGGAGGAAACGAAGUGACUAGGAGUCAGACUUCUACAGUGUCACAAGACCAUGCAAGCACUACAGAGCCUAUGGAAACCAUUCAACCUCAAUCAAUUUGCACUGACAGAAAAUUCAGCCUCCUUCCUCUGCAAUCAUCUGGUGCUGCUACCAUCCACAGCACAACUCUUACAAGAACUGAUUCAAAAUCAGACAGUAAUUUCAGUUUGCAGCCUAGAAUCGUUCUAGAUCAAGUUAUAGCUGAAUCCAGCCACUCUACAUCAUCGGAAGGGGGUGACUGUAAACCAGUAAUUAUGGAAACUAGUGACGUUCAGCUGCACCAAACGCCUGACUUAGAAACUAAUGAUGCUGCUACAGGUGGGCAGGUGAAGAGUCAUCAUGCUCAAACACCACUUGAAAACUCAAUCCCUUAUGCCAGCCAAAACACAUUGGCUGAAACAGAUCAUCCAGAUAUUGUUUGUGAUAAUGUAGGUUCCGUUCAUAAACAUCACGAAAAUACCUCCUGCUCUGAAAAGCUGCUUGUCAGUAUUGGAGACCAGCAAACCUCAGAGUCCCCAGAACCCAGAAAGUCUGAAAUUUGCAAAAGCAAGGGUCAGGUAGAAAGCCAGGAGUACUCUUUGUUUGAUGUUAAGCAGCACAAGGUGCAGUGUGACCCAGAACUUCAGGAAAUGGAUAUAGAAUCAGAACAGUCAGAAAGCCAAAUUCAUACCCAUGAGAAGUCAAGGUUUCUUGACAUUGUAAAAGCUAAAAACAUUCCUCCUGAACAUCUAAAACAUGGCUCUGAUAAAAUGUCCAUUGACACAGCUCUGACAACAGUUCCAGAAUUUUCCCCAACUGAAUCGAGUUCCAGUGCCGUACAUCAAGUGUCUCAUACCAAGUCAGGCUAUAUGAUCUUCUCAGAUGUUAGUGAUGAUGAUGAGUGGGCAAAUGUGUCCAGUAACCCUGAUGAGAAGAAAGAAAAAACAACUUUGAAAAUCUCUACCCCUAUACCUGAGGGGUUGGCUGAUGCAGGAUGCAGCCCUCAUAAAGCUAGUGACUCUGACUCAGAUGUAGCACUUAUGUUAGAAAAGACUGGUGAACAGAAUUCCCUUGAUGGUACACUUGCUAACAGAGAUGAGAUGGCGGACGCUUCUGUCCAACAAACAGAAGAGCCGAGUUCCACAGGGCAAAAGAGGUGCUUUACAUGUUUGUCAUGUGGUUUAACAUUUGGUGGUGAGGCCUUCUUGACACAGCACAUGAAGGUGCAUUCUGUGUCUGCGGGGACCUACCAGAAGUCAAACACCUUCAAGACACUCAAGAAGAGGGUCAAGAACAAUGAAACAAAGAUUAAACAAGAAGUUCAGACUUCAGAAGUAGGUAGUGCUGAUUCAACAGACAACUCUGAAAUCUCAGGAAAAAGCGACUCGACACUGAUAAAUGUCAAUACAGCUAAGUUAUUUGGAAGUUGCCCAGACACUGGUGCAACCAUUCAAAGUUCCAGAGCGGACUCAGAGACUGUUGACAGAAAAUCAAAGACAGAACAUAGAACUCUGCACUGUUGUUAUUGUGGGAAAGCUUGCGAAAAAAUAGAACUGCAUCUCAUGCAUGAUCACCCACAAGAACCUAAGGUGAUAGAAGCUUUGCGUUUUAGCAACACCUUAGAAGAAAGGAAGAGGUUAUUGAGCCUUCUUUGCAGUAGCAAAAAACUGAAACAUGAUUGCACUACUAGAAGCAAAAAGGAUGAAGACCUUGUUCAUUGUAUCUUUUGUCAGGGGUAUUAUCAACGAAAUCAGUUCUGGAAACAUGCUUUAAUAUGUGAGCAGAAACAACCAAAAGAGCUCAAUGUAACUGAACCUGGCAGCAGUACAGAUCAUCCCAGCACUAGCCUAAGAUCAAGGCCCAGCAUAGCACAGAAAAACUUUGAUCCAGAAUCUGGAAAUCUCAUCAAAGAUAUCUUCUGCAACACUGUACAACAAGCCAUUCCAGAGUCAGUGAAUCUUCCUUCACCUAAAGCUGAACAACACACUACACACUAUUUAUAUUCCAUUUCUCCUGUUUCAGAAACAGGCAAUACUGAGGUAAAACCAAUCCCUAAUCAUGGAUCAAACAGCCUGUCCAUUUUCUACAGUGGUAACAGCUCAGGAAUGAUGAAUCUUGAUUCAGAAUCUUCUGGACCACUCAUUCAAGACUCGCUCAACAGUGCACUGGAGUAUACCAGUACUUCAGUUCAGGAGUCUUGCUCCAGCACAGUAGAGGGAGCUCUCGUUGAGAAUCAAGAAUUAACAUAUCCCCCACUUAGAACAAAGGACAUUUCAGGAAAAGAACUUCAGUCCACGUUGGAACCUGAAAACAAGCUCAAUAAGAUUCUACAACCCCAUACUACAGUUUCAAGUAGUUCUUACCUCUUGGACACUGGGAGCGGCAGUCUACAACCAAACCCUGAUCAAGAUUGUGUUCCUCUUGCAUUGAUCAAGAAUUCCUCAAAGCAACCAUUAGAUUGCAGUGGAACGCAUGUUAUUCCUCAAGAAUCAGUGAGCCAUAUACAUAUUGGCAGCAGUGAUUCACAACCAACCACUAAUCUGAAAUCAGACUGGACUACUAUACCAACAGCGGUAAGUGUGGACUUGGAGCAGAACCUUGGCUCUGAUACAGAACCAGAGAGAACCACCAUAAUGAUGCCAGAACUUAAAUCGGAGAGGACUGCCAAAAGCGAUCUUCAUUCAGAGACAACGAAUUGUAUAGUUGCAAACAUUUUUAGCAGUGAUGCUAAUCCAGAAACAGGAAGCAUUUCCAUUCAAGUUUUUGGAAAUGAUGAUCAUAGAGCCCCUGACCUAGGAUCACACUGUCAUCCAAUUCCAAAUCAUAUUCCUAGUGAAAAACAACAAACCACUGAUCCAGAAACAUACAGUGCAACAAAAAAUCAGUUUGACUCUGAAGGUCACGUCAGAGACGACACAGAAGAGGGUGGUCAAUGUACUGGCCAAGACGGUGAUUUGAAACCUCUUGACUUAAAUUCCACCACAGCAGUAAAGAGGAGGCAGGACAGUCGGAGCAGGAAUACAGAGAGAAGACGACAAAGUGACCCCUUACAGCAGACGUCAACAGAAGAGGGAAAUGCAUCACCAGUCACUUCUCAAACUCCUGAGAUGAAGCGUGGUUUACAAAUAUCUGAUGUCUGGAAAAGUUUGAAAAACCGCAAAGGAACAGAUAAAUUAAAGCUGAAGAAAAAACACUUCUGCUUAUAUUGUAAGAAAACUUCCUUCCGAAUGGCACAGCAUCUCCUAUCAGCACAUGCUAAAGAACCAGAGGUGGCAAAGGCCCUUAGUUAUGACGAGAAGUCAAAGGAAAGGAAACAGUUGCUGGAUCUUCUGCAGAGCAAAGGAAACCUCUUGCACAAAGAUGUGGGUAUGAGUCUACCUGUAAGUGAAGAACUACUACCAAGUAAUCAAGCAAGUUCUUUUAUUUCAAAUCAGUCACGUCCUUCCGAACGGGAAAAUCCUAAUCCUGAAUCUGUGAGCACGCCUGUUUCAGACACUCAUCACAGUGUAGCACAGCUGGACGCUGACACACAAUCUCCCUGUGAAGACUUGGGGUUAGUUCGUGAAGAGCUACUUGCUGAUUUUGAAUCACAAAGUGAUCUCACUCCAGACACCAGCUUGGUCGCUUUUCAAACAAGAAAGGACCAUGUGCACAAAAUAUCAACCUGCAGCUCUCCAGCCUGCGAUCAGACUGAAACAAGCAAGAGUGAGGACGAGAAAACUGAUGCUGAACAGAGCAGCCAGAAAGGACUCACGAUGGAGAAUAGGAGGAGGAGCUCUCGUAUUCAAGCUCGGCCAAUGAGGGUGAAGGAUAACCUUUCAAAUGAAGUGGAGAGCAUGUCCCAGAGAUUAAAACUGCAUGUUUGUCAGCACUGCAGCGCUACCUUCUGCAGUCGCUACCACCUUCGCAGACAUGAAUACACUCACACAGAUGAAAGGCCAUACUGGUGCAUGCAGUGUAAUAUAGGCUUCAUUCAGAAAUAUCGCUAUCGAAACCACAGAAUGACCCACCACGGAGAGAGACAGUCAAGCGAGUACCAGGAUUCAUCAGGAAAGGACAAAAAACAAUCUCUCAGUGGAGACAAGCCAGUGGAGAAUGAGCUCUAUCAAGAGCAACUGGACAACAGUACUGCAGCUACAGCUGAGCCUUCCAGCAACGCUGAGGAAAGACCUGACUUGACAGACGAAGACACAGGAAGUUUGGGGAAGUUCCACACUGAAUAAUUACCUGAUUGCAGACAGGUAUCAGACAGUUUAUCUCAGAAAUGGUGCCUCAAGAAGCAUUUGCAACAUAGAAUGGUAUGAGAUUAGGAACAUAUAUAUCUGGAGACGUUUGUUAUUUGUAUUUUUUGUUUACAUUUGAUUUUAUAUGUUGCGUCAUCUGAUAUUUUGAUCAGAGUAUCAUUACAGAACACUGACUAUGUAAUGUAAGUAUGUUCAUUUUACUGUAUCAUCCAGGUGCUUAAUGGUGUGCAUAAUUAUACGCAUCACACAGGCUAAAAAGACAGCGAGUGUGUGUGAUUGAGUUUUGUAAAGCAGAAUCAUUCCUUUUCUUGUGUAUUCUUGUGCAUUUGACGAACAGGAAGUGUCAAAAGAAAAUAAGGAAUGAAAGUUCAAAUAGGAGUUUCGACACAGUUAAAUGAAAUCUACAUGUUGGACUGCAAUCCUAAGUUUUACAACGGAGCAGCACAAAAUUGAGUAACGAAAUAGUAGACGGUUGGGAGAAUAGUGUAGUUUCCUUCUUUAUAAUAUUUGAUUUUGUUUUUAUCGGGGAAAGCAUGACUGCUUGAAGAAAUUUUAGUUUCUGACUUUAAAUAUUGUCUGUAUCGUUUACUUUUCUGAUAUUUUGCUUAUAAAUCUAAAAUUGGACAGCAACAUGUAUAUUCCAUUUACAGGAUUUUGAGAACUUGAUGUAUUACUGAAGCUGCUCACGGCAUGUACUGUACAUGAAACUUCAUUGCCAGUGUUACCUACGUCCAUUGUAAAUAUGAACUGAGAAAAAAAAAUGAAAACACCACAUCUGAUUUUGUAGGUUGUGUACUUUUUCAAUACAGAAAGU